CUUCACUCUUCUCUUUCAAAAUAACACAUUUUGUCUUUCUUAUACAUGUCUCUCUCUAGCUCUACUAUUGAGUAGGGUUUCUCAGUUUCAUUAGAUAUCAGCUGUUGUUACUUUUACCUGAGCAAACAAAAUGGAUGCACAUACUGUUCAUCUAGCGAUGGCGGCACUAGUUGGAGCAUCGAUUGUAGCGGUAUCCGCUUACUAUAUGCACCGGAAAACCCUAAAUCAGUUACUAGAGUUAGCGAAAACCAUAGAAAAGGGUAAGGACCUUGAUGGCGUGGAAACGGAGGAAGACGGCGGCGGAUACUCGAGGAACUAUGCAGUGAGGAGGCGGAACCGUAGCCGGAGUAAUGGAUAUUAUCGCGGUUCUUCUGCUUCAUUUCCGGAUGUGACGAUGGCCAAUUCAGGUGAGGUUGAAGAAAGGAGGAAUGGUCCGAUACAUGUGGAAUCUAUUCCAGCCGGUUUACCCAGGCUUCAUACUCUUCCUGAAGGGAAAUCAAGAUCUACACAUUCGCUUAGACCAACUUCUCCGAAGUCUCCAGUUGCAAGUGCAAGUGCAUUUGAAAGUAUAGAAGGAUCAGAUGAGGAAGACAAUAUUACGGACACUACUAAACUUGACACUGCCUAUCUACAAACUAAUGGGAAUGCGGGCCCAGAUGCUGACGGGGAACAAAUAGCUCUGGCUGCAGCAGCAAGUAUGAUUCGCUCACACAGUGUCUCUGGUGACUUGCAUGGUGUUCAACCUGAUCCAAUAGCUGCAGAUAUUCUACGGAAAGAGCCAGAGCAAGAAACAUUUGUACGACUGAAGAUAUCCCCUGGAGAGACACCAUCUGCCGAUGAAGCGGAGGUCUACCGAAACUUGCAAGUUUGUCUUGAAAUGAGACAGAGUUAUGUAUUCAAGGAGGCUGUUGCUCCUUGGGUGAAAGAAGUAAUCUCUGAUCCAUGCACCCCAAAGCCAAAUCCAAAUCCAUUUGAAUUCACUCCUGAAGGAAAAUCUGAUCAUUAUUUUCAGAUGGAAGAUGGAGUUGUUCAUGUAUAUGCAAAUGAAGAUUCUACGGAGAAACUUUUUCCUGUUGCUGAUGCUACUACCUUUUUCACCGACUUCCAUCACAUCCUCAAAGUAAUAGCAGCUGGAAACAUCCGAACUUUAUGCCACCAUCGCCUAGUGCUUCUGGAACAAAAAUUCAAUCUACAUUUGAUGCUCAAUGCGGAUCGAGAGUUCCUUGCUCAGAAAAGUGCACCUCAUCGUGACUUCUACAAUGUGAGGAAGGUUGAUACGCAUGUUCAUCACUCAGCAUGCAUGAAUCAGAAGCAUUUGUUGAGAUUCAUCAAGUCAAAGUUAAGGAAGGAGCCUGAUGAGGUUGUGAUAUUUCGCGAUGGAACUUAUAUGACCUUAAAGGAAGUCUUUGAGAGCUUAGAUUUGACUGGGUAUGACCUCAAUGUUGACCUCUUAGAUGUUCAUGCUGACAAGAGCACCUUUCAUCGUUUUGACAAAUUUAAUCUGAAGUACAAUCCCUGCGGUCAAAGUAGGCUGAGGGAAAUUUUCCUUAAGCAGGAUAAUCUUAUACAAGGUCGUUUUCUUGCUGAGCUAACUAAGCAAGUGUUUUCUGAUCUUUCUGCAAGCAAAUAUCAAAUGGCAGAAUACAGGAUAUCAAUAUACGGCCGAAAGAUGAGCGAGUGGGACCAACUUGCUAGCUGGAUAGUGAACAAUGAACUCUACAGCGAGAAUGUUGUUUGGUUGAUUCAGCUUCCGAGACUGUAUAACAUAUACAAAGAAAUGGGGAUUGUGACAUCAUUUCAGAAUAUCCUUGACAACAUCUUUCUGCCCUUGUUUGAGGUUACUGUUGACCCAGAUUCACAUCCCCACCUGCACAUCUUCUUGAAGCAGGUUGUUGGAUUGGAUUUGGUGGAUGAUGAAAGCAAACCAGAAAGAAGGCCUACCAAACACAUGCCUACACCUGCUCAAUGGACUAACGUAUUCAAUCCUGCAUUCUCAUACUAUGUCUACUAUUGUUAUGCUAAUCUCUACACCCUGAACAAGUUGCGUGAGUCAAAAGGCAUGACGACCAUCAAAUUCCGGCCACAUGCUGGGGAGGCUGGAGAUAUUGACCACCUUGCAGCAACAUUUUUAACAUCCCAUAAUAUUGCUCAUGGUAUCAAUUUGAGGAAGUCUCCGGUACUUCAGUACUUAUAUUACUUGGCUCAGAUUGGUUUGGCAAUGUCUCCUCUUAGUAACAAUUCUUUAUUUUUGGACUACCAUCGGAAUCCUUUGCCCAUGUUCUUCUUGAGGGGCCUGAAUGUUUCUCUUUCAACGGAUGAUCCCUUGCAAAUUCACUUAACAAAAGAAGCCCUGGUUGAAGAGUAUAGUAUAGCUGCGUCAGUUUGGAAGUUGAGUUCGUGCGAUUUAUGUGAGAUUGCCCGCAAUUCAGUUUACCAGUCUGGUUUCUCACAUGCACUAAAGGUGUUGGACUGUCGGGGUCAUUCCAGGUCAGUGGGAAUGGCAAUGACAUCCAGCUCCUCUGGCUUUGGAAUCGAUGACACUUUCUGCAUAUUUUACAUGUUUACCUUCUAUUGCUCGUCUUACUUAAAUGGCUGUCCCACUGGAUUGGGAAGGAGUAUUACAAGAGAGGACCAGAUGGAAAUGAUAUUCAUAGGACAAAUGUGCCUCAUAUCAGGCUUGAAUUCCGUGAUAUGAUAUGGAGGGAGGAGAUGCAACAGGUUUAUCUAGGCAAGGCUGUAUUUCCUUCAUUUGUUGACCCAUGAUGUGCAUUGGUAAUGCAUUUAUAUCAGUUACAAGAGUACAGAUUCAGAAUAUCUGGAGGCUUGGCCAUCUAGCGACUCUAGAAAGGUUCUCCACUAUGAGAUAUAUCUAGAAUUUGGAUGUUGAGGGGAAAAUAAGGUUGGAUGAGUGCUAGACCUUAUCAUUUGAUGAUGUGGUAGUAACAUUCAAUAAGAGUGAUCUAUGAAGACCGGUAAUUGAGGAAGCAACUGGAGCUCUAGCAUAAAUAGCACAACUGCAAAGCAAUCCACUAUCUCAAUAAGGAAUUAUGUAUAAUAUAUCCGAAUGGUAGGUUAACAAACAUCAGAUAGAUGCAUCGUAAGAUAUAUUCUGAAUGUUGCAUGGUCCCAUUGUACUAUAUUGACGUGUUGGCUAAAUAAAAAGAUCGAUUGCACCUA